AUGUCGCGAACAACAGUUGAAUCGAUUUACACUUGUCCUACUCUCAAUACUUCUACCACUUCCAUUUCAGAAAUAUCCUCUCCAAUCCCAAUAGGAUUUGAAAAUAUGAAGUCAAAGCAUUUGAAUACUAGAGAAAACUUGGAUGGCGACAUUAAAGAAAUAGAUGUAAGAAUCAAAAAAUGUGAUCUUGAUCCAGUUUCGACUACAGCUUUCCCUUGCCUCUUGGAACUUCACGAAUAUUCACCUCUCUCUAGUGAACCUUUCAGUCCAGAUUCGAUUCCAGAGACAAAUGGAGUCAGACACGUCACUAAAACCUGUAGCUCGAUUAUACCAUCACUUUUGAUUGAAAAUCCUGAUGCAGUUUUAUAUACAUCAGAAAACGCGGAUUUACCUAGAAGAGCAUCAAAAGCUUACCAAACUUUUUUAGUUGAAGAUCAACCUAUCACAUUCAGAACUAGAAGCUUAUCAUACCAAGAGAAAUAUUCAAGAUACAUGGAUAAAAUCGCUGGUAUAGAUAUGGUAGGAUUGAAUAGACUUUCAGACGAAGCUUUAGGUUGUUUAGAAAGUUACCUUGGUCCAUGUUAUAGAAAAAAUGGGGAACACUUCAUCAAUUCUUAUCAAAAGAGAAUUAAACAGGAGAAAAUGAACAAAAGGAAGAUCGGAUUACCUUCUGGACCUAAAUUGGUCAGAGUCACAAGAAAUGAAUCUGUUCAGGUUGCUCAAGCUUAA